UUGCCUUUUGACAUUUCGGUGAGCUGAACGAAAAAAAUGGCGACAGAAAUUGGACAGACAGACUGCAGAUGCCACCUUAGUUUUUGUCGGUUUUCCUUCGAGUCAGCAUGCGGCUUUGCAGCCCAAUUAAAUCCAAUUUCUACCGCCAGAAGAGAAAGGGCUGAUUAGGCGGGAGAGAGCAAAAAUCGACCAGUUACAACAAGAUAAGAACAAGAGAGCCUUUACAGUGGCUUUCUUGCUUUACAGAAAGAUGCAAAGAGAUGCUGCUGAGGUGCCUACGUCUGAAGAGUGUUCGGCAGUCCGUGUGAAGCAGGAGCCAGGGGAAGGAACAUCCAGACAGUCCUCCUCGGAGAGCGGUAAGGCAACAUCCUCCACCUCCUGCCCUCCAGAUGAUACCACGGUCAUCAGUGAUGCUGAAGAUAGCGACAGGGAUCCAGAGAGGGAAGAUGAGUUGGGUGUCAACGGAGACGAAUCGCCCACCAUGAGUGAUGACCAGGGUGACAUCAGUCUUGGAUGUCAUGAUGGACCGCUCAACAUACAGGCACAGGGCGAUAGCCCCAUGCAGCCAGAGAGUCACCUGGCCUAUGCUUCCCAAGUACAGAGAGAGGACUCGGCGGGCUCUGGCUACGGCUUCACCAGCAGCACGGAAACCGAAUUUGCCGGCAGCGAGGAACAAGGCCAGGAUAGGGAAUUCAGGGAUUUUAUAUGCCGUCUUUGCAAGCGCACCUUCUCCAAAAAGCAGAGUCUACGACGGCAUAUGAACCUGCACAGUGGUCACCGUCCUUUCCAGUGCCCGUUCUGUGAGUACCGGUCGUCACGCAAGGACCACCUGCAGCUUCACAUGAGGACGCGACACGAUCCGGGCCAGAGCAAGCACUAUGUGUACAAGUGCCCGAUCUGUGGUAACUCAUUUCCCAGCCAGAAGAGGGUGCUAACCCACCUCAAGAGCCACCAGACUGUCCACCGUUGCGAACAGUGCGACUACGGCUUCCCUUCACUUCUCGCCUAUGAAAACCACAAGAAGAUGAAACAUGCCACUGUGUCUUGCCCACCUACGACUGAGCCUAGCUCCUUCACGUGUCCAACCUGUAAGUAUGAGUGUGUCAGUGCAGAGGAUUACAACAAUCACCUUCAGAGCCAAAGGCACCGCGACAUGAUCACGGCAUCCGUGCGCGUCCCGCAAAUACACGUCCAGCGUCGGCUGCAGAUGGGUGGAUCAUCAGCUUCAGCUAGCUCCAUGGAAAGCGCUUCUUCCCUGGAGAGAGAAACUAGCUUUGAAUCAGUGCAAUCGGGGCGAUCCAUGCCCCCCUCCGGACUGGUAAGCAUGCCCAGUAUCUCAGCAGAGGUUCCCUGUACGGGAACUGUGCCACUAUCCUUGGUUAAAGUUCCAACAAUAACCGUAUCGCCUAAUCACCAACGAAGGGAGGAGAGUUAUGAACACUCCCCUUCCAGGGAUGACAAUAGUCCAAGUCAGAGGCAGUGUAUACCCCAAGGUAGGGGAGGUUCAGCUAACCUCCCAGUCAUCUCUCACAUAGUUUCUCUACACCAGAACGGUAAGGAAUCUGCAACUAGGCGCUCCCCUCUACGAGAGAGCAGGUCCACCUCGGGAUCUGCACCCAAAUCCUAUGAAUCCUAUGAGUCGGGUAAAAGUUCGUCCAGUUUUGAGUCUCCAGGUUUUCUCCUCCCCAAGGCAUCUGCUGUGUCGCCUCAGCGGUCAAGCCGUACCCCGAGCCCCCAAGGCACGCCCUUGCUGAUGAUUGGGGGCAUGCACGGGAGGCCGGACGACUCGCCCCACAAACGAAGGUGCCUAAGUCAUACUGGAUCCUCCAGUUUGGAAUCUCAGCCGUCCUCGGAGCUGAUGGCGGGUGUGUGGGGAAGCCAGCCCACCCCGGUCAUCUGCCGUGACAACAGCACGCAGGAUGACGUCUGGAGAUGCGAGUUCUGUCACAUCAUCUUCCCAGAUAACAUCAUGUACGCCAUCCACAUGGGCUGCCACGACCUCCGCAAUCCUCUUCAGUGUAACAUCUGCGCCUUCCAGUGCCAAGAUAGGUAUGAGUUCACCUCGCAUAUAGCCAGAGGCUUGCAUAGCAAAAGCCCCUCUGGGCGAGGAAGCCAGUAUUAAUGUUGAAAUCAACAGGUAUCUAUUUGAAAGAAAAAUAUUCAAAUUUAAAAAUACUGGGAAUAUAUUUUACUGUUUAACACGUAAGAGAUUAAAUAAUUUAAAAGCAGAAAAUCUACAUUUUUAUUCAUCAUGAGAAUAUAAAUCCGUAUACAGCUGUUUAUCAAUUAAGUACGUAAUUUGCUGUAGGUUUGGUGUAACUUGCACAAACUCAUGCAAUAGACAUGAUAGAAUCAUUGGUGUAAAACCUAACCACUGAUAGGAAAAGCUACAUGUACCUAGACAUGUUCAGUACACAUAGUAGGCUGUAAAUUUGCGACCCAAAUUCUAACCCGCUUUGGAUUUUUACUAUGAACCUUCUGAAAUUCUUCAAAUUAUUCUUAAAUCAUGUGUACAAGACUUCUUGGUUCAUUUCAUCAGCACUGGAUCGUCACAUUGCACUGUUCAUGAGCAAGGCUUAAACUAUAAAGGUCUAUGCGAUGAAUUUUUCUUAACACACUUUG